AUGCAGAAUGUUGGACAGUCUGAAAACCGAAAUAUCGAUAAGGUGAAUGUGCAACUUGAUGUGGUAAAAUCAUCCACUCCUCAGAGUUCGGCUUCGAGUCCGGCCAAAUCUGAAACCGAAACGUAUUCUGGAGUGCCUGCCAAAUACAUGACGGACUCUUCGGAAAGCGAGGAUGAUUCUGUAUCCGAGAUCUUGCUGGCUUGUUUGUGCCUUAGCAGGCCAGACCUGUUGCAGGAGAUGGAAGAAGAAGGUAGUGUAGCAGAGUCAUCUAAGUUCCUACUCUCCCAUGAUGACCCAGAAAGAGCAGUCGAUCCCGAGAUGCAGGCAAGACUCGAAACACUCCUUGAAGUAGCUGGCAUCGGCAAGCUGUCAGGCGAGGGCAAACACCUUGCAGACCCAGAAGUCCUAAGGCGGCUUACGUCAUCAGUGUCGUGCGCGCUGGACGAGGCGGCCGCGGCACUCACGCGCAUGCGCAGUGACCAGCCGCCCACCCACCAUCGACACCACCACCAGGACAAACCCACGCAAUGCGGGAUGAGCCUGAAUGGUGGUGUAGUCGUGUCAGGCGUCGGAGCUGACGGUGCGCCGUCGCUGGCAGAGGCUUGCUCUGACGGCGACGUGGGCACUGUGCGCAAGCUGUUAACUGAAGGCCGUUCCGUUCACGAGACCACAGAAGAGGGCGAGUCGCUAUUGUCACUGGCCUGCUCAGCCGGAUACUACGAACUCGCGCAAGUGCUUCUGGCCAUGCACGCGAGCGUGGAGGAUCGCGGCAUUAAGGGCGACUGCACGCCCCUGAUGGAGGCGGCGAGCGCGGGGCACGUGGACAUCGUGCGGCUGCUGAUCGCGCACGGCGCGGACGUGAACGCCGUGUCGGGGUCGGGCAACACGCCGCUCAUGUACGCCUGCGCCGGCGGCCACGAGGACUGCGUGCGCGCGCUGCUCGACAACGGCGCCAACGUCGAGGACCACAACGAGAACGGACACACGCCGCUCAUGGAGGCGGCGUCCGCGGGGCACGUGGGCGUGGCAAAGAUCCUGCUGGAGCACGGCGCCGGCAUCAACACGCACUCGAACGAGUUCAAGGAGUCUGCGCUGACGCUGGCCUGCUACAAGGGCCACCUGGACAUGGUGCGCUUCCUGCUGGCGGCGGGCGCCGACCGCGAGCACAAGACGGACGAGAUGCACACGGCGCUCAUGGAGGCCAGCAUGGACGGACACGUCGAGGUCGCGCGCCUGCUGCUUGACUCCGGCGCGCAGGUGAACAUGCCGACGGACAGCUUCGAGUCGCCGCUGACGCUGGCGGCGUGCGGCGGCCACGUGGAGCUGGCCAUGCUGCUGCUGGAGCGCGGCGCCAACAUCGAGGAGGUCAACGACGAGGGCUACACGCCGCUCAUGGAGGCCGCCCGGGAAGGUCACGAGGAGAUGGUAGCGCUACUGCUGGGGCAGGGUGCGUCUAUCAAUGCGCAGACGGACGAGACGCAGGAGACCGCGCUGACGCUGGCCUGCUGCGGCGGCUUCCUCGAGGUGGCCGACUUCCUCAUAAAAGCCGGCGCCGACGCUGAGCUGGGCGCCUCUACACCACUCAUGGAGGCUUCGCAAGAAGGCCAUCUGGAGCUUGUGAGGUACCUGCUGAACGCGGGCGCGGACGUGCACGCGCAGACGCAGACGGGCGACACGGCGCUGACGUACGCCUGCGAGAACGGACACACGGACGUGGCGGACGUGCUGCUGCGCGCCGGCGCCGAGCUCGAGCACGAGAGCGAGGGCGGCCGCACGCCGCUCAUGAAGGCCUGCCGCGCCGGCCACGUCUGCACCGUGCAGUUCCUCGUUGGCAAGGGUGCAGACGUGAACCGCAUGACGGCGAAUGGCGACCACACGCCACUGUCGCUGGCGUGUGCGGGCGGGCAUGCCGACGUGGUCAAGUUUUUGCUGGCCUGCGACGCGGACCCCUUCCGCAAGCUCAAGGACAACUCCACCACCCUCAUAGAGGCCGCCAAGGGGGGCCACACAGCCGUCGUGCAACUGCUGCUCGACUAUCCGCACUCCGUCAUGUUGCCUAGAGGCAACGCAACGGCAGAGGAGAAUACCGGUGGGCUGAGUUCCGCACAGGCGGCGGCGCUGGGGCUAGCGCACGUGCCGGCGCCGGGCGCGCCCGCGCAGCGCGCGCUGCUGCCCGCGCACCCCCACCCGCACCCACACGCGCUCGCCGCGCCGCCCGCCCCGCCCGCCCCCGCCCCCGCACCCACACCCGCACCCGCACCCACCGCCGCAGCUGCCAGUGCGCCCGCCACCGCACCCGCACCCGCGCCCACACCCACCCCCACACCCGCCCCCACGCCCGCUCCUAUGUCUGCCAACUUCGCGAAGGCCUACCUCAAAGGUUGGUCUGAUGGUCUGAAGAUCAAGAAAAAAGAAAGCGGCAACGGCAAUGGGAACAACGGCGGGCACGGUGCGACUGCGAAUAACGGCGCCGCGGCGGCGGGCUGCGGCACCAACGUGGAUGCGAACUUCUUCGCGGGCAUGGUCGCGGGCGUCGCGUCGGUGGCGGACCUGUACGUGUCCGGCGCGCCCGCCACGGGCUUGUGUGUGUCCGGCGCACCCGCGACGGGCGCCGCCGCGGCCGCAGCCCUCCCGGCGCCGGGCCAGCCCCUCUCCGCCGCCGUACUUGCGUCCGUUCCCUUGCCCGCGACUGCGCCCGUUCCCGUCCCCGCACCCGCCCCCGCACCCGCACCUACGCCCGCCCCCGCGCCCGCACCCGCGUCCGCUACGGGCAAGCACAAGUGUGCCCGUAAACAACGCGCAGCGCCGCCUCAUUCCGACCACCAUCUGCCCCCACCGCCUGAUAUUCUAGAGGACCAGAUAUGCCACCACAGCAUGGCUAAGUUAUCCCUCCCGCCGGGCUUUACGUGGAAGGAUGUUAACAAGAAAUAUAAAAAUAAAAACAGCAUUGAAAAAAAGCUCAAUCGACCUGAUGUGCUUACGGGUCAAACUCGAAAUGAUACACUGCCAGAGACUGAGAGGAACAUGCUUGAAUUGGCUGAUGCCUCCGGUCCACCGACGCUCGCCACGUCGGCGCUCCACGCUCUGGACCUUCAAUUCUGCGCUCAAGGUGUUACAACGAUUCAUACACCCACCACUCCACCAUACCCUCCUCCACAGCAACUAUUCCCAGUGCAACAACUAGCUACCAACCUUAACCAGCACCAACUACAAGAGCUUCAGCAGCAGCAACUGCAGCAGCUCGCGGCGCAACAACAACACCAACAUCAACAGCAACAGCAACAGCAACAAUUACAGCAUCAGCAGCAACAACAACAUCAACAACUUCAGCAACAACAACAUCAACAACUUCAGCAACAACAACAGUUACAGCAACAACAACAGUUACAGCAACAACAAAAGAAACAGCAACAACAGCAAAUCCCGCAAGAUCUACAGCAGAGGCCUGAACUCUAUUUACCGCAGGUGAGCGAGGCGGCGGGCAGCUGCGUGGAGGCGCGCGAGCUGGGCGCCGUGCUGACGUACCUGCAGCGCGAGGUGCCCUCGCUCGUGGCGCUGCCGCCGCACGAGCUGCGCUCGCUCGUGCUGCAGGUGAUGCAACAAAAGUCGCAUGAGAUCUUGGCGAACAAAUGUGGCAUGGAGGCUGCCACGGAGGCGGAGGCAGAUGAAGCCGAGCGGCAGACGCGCCGCCUGCUGGCUGCCACCGAAGAGGCGCUCACCACUGACUGGGGUGUGCGCCAGGACCACCACCACCACCAUCACCAUCACCACCACGCUGACCUUCCGCAGACAGGCAACGGCUGCCAAUACCGGGUCAGGCCGCCGUCGCCUGUGAGCGGCGCGGCGAGCGUGGCGGGCGGCGCAGUGGGCGGCGCGGCGGCCGGCGCGGCGCCCAGCGCGGAACCUGAGCCGCUGCCAGAUCUGCAACCUCCGCCUCCGCCACCCACCUUACCUUAUGAAGACCACAGAACGUUCGCGAACGUAGGCACGGGCACAGGUUUACCAAGCAUGGGCACGGGCUUAUCAAGUACGGGAGCGGGCUUACCAAGCACAGGCACGGGGCUACCUAGCGCAAGCGCCACUGUCAGUGCGCCGCUACCCCAGCCCCAGCCACAGACACAACCUCAGCCCCAGCCCCAAUUUCAGCCUCAGACCCAGACCCAACCACAGCCCCAGCUCCAACUUCAGCCUCAGACCCAGUCCCAGUCACAGCCCCAGACCUUGCCUCAGCCUCAGCCUCAUGCCAAACGAGAACCACCUCUGCACCACGCCAACAACUCUGUUGCUCUCAAGAAGAAGGGGCGUGCGGGCGGCGUGCGGGGAGCGCGCGCGGAGGCGUUCGGCGCGGCGCCGCCGCUGCCCGCGCCCGCCGCCUACUCGGCCAUGGACGUGGACGGCGAGACCGACUCCAACCACGACACGGCGCUCACGCUCGCCUGCGCCGGCGGACACGAGGACCUUGUCGAGCUGCUGCUCUCGCGCGGCGCGGACAUCGAGCACCGCGAUAAGAAGGGUUUCACGCCGUUGAUCCUGGCGGCGACGGCGGGCCACGAGAAGAUCGUGGAGAUCCUGCUGAACCACGGCGCGGACAUCGAGGCGCAGUCGGAGCGCACCAAGGACACGCCGCUGUCGCUGGCCUGCAGCGGCGGCCGCUACGAGGUGGUGGAGCUGAUCCUCAGCCGCGGCGCCAACAAGGAGCACCGCAAUGUGUCCGACUACACGCCGCUCUCGCUCGCCGCGUCCGGCGGCUACGUCAACAUCAUCCGCCUGCUACUGCACCACCAGGCGGAGAUCAACUCGCGCACGGGCUCGAAGCUGGGCAUCUCGCCACUGAUGCUGGCGGCGAUGAACGGGCACACGGCGGCCGUGCGCCUGCUGCUCGACUGCGGCUCCGAUAUCAACGCGCAGAUCGAGACCAACCGCAACACCGCGCUCACGCUCGCCUGCUUCCAAGGUCGGCACGAGGUGGUGAGCCUGCUGCUGGACCGCAAGGCGAACGUGGAGCACCGCGCGAAGACGGGGCUGACGCCGCUGAUGGAGGCGGCGAGCGGCGGCUACGUGGAGGUGGGGCGCGUGCUGCUGGACAAGGGCGCCGACGUCAACGCGCCGCCCGUGCCCUCCUCGCGCGACACCGCGCUCACCAUCGCUGCCGACAAGGGACACACCAAGUUCGUCGAGCUGCUGCUGCAGAGGCGAGCAGCGGUAGAAGUGAAAAACAAGAAAGGCAACUCGCCGCUGUGGCUGGCGGCUAAUGGCGGCCACCUUGCCGUAGUGGAAAUGCUAUAUGCAGCUGGCGCCGACAUCGACUCACAAGACAAUAGAAAGGUAUCUUGCCUGAUGGCCGCCUUCCGAAAGGGCCAUACUAAAGUAGUCAAAUGGAUGGUAGGAGUCGUCACGCAAUUCCCCUCCGACCAGGAAAUGACUAGGUACAUCUGCACGAUAUCGGACAAGGAGGUGCUGGAGAAGUGCCAGGAGUGCGUGCGCGUGAUCCGCGCGGCCAAGGAGACGCAGGCGGCGCGCGCCAACCAGAACGCGACCAUCCUGCUGGAGGAGCUGGACGCCGAGCGCUGCCGCGAGGAGAGCCGCCGCCUGGCCGCCGCGCGCCGCCGCGAGCGCAAGAAGAAGAAGAAGAUGGAGAAGAAGGAGGAGAGGCGAAAGCUUCAAGCAGAAAACGACAAAAACUCUCUUUACUGCGAAAAAGCCCUCGGCGAUUGCUCAGAGGGCGGCGAGCCCGACGACGAACCCGUCGCGAAGGAGGAGGGCGACUCCGGCAUCGACGCAAAUUCACAGGGCUCCUGUUCUUCAUCGGAUGUGAAAGCGCCGCCAGCUCAAACUGCCAAGAGCAAGAAGAAGAAAAAGGACGACAAGACUGCACCUGCGCCGACCGCUCCGCCGCCUAAGAAACAACCAGAUAAAGUCAAAGUAAAGUUAGAAACGAAAGCGGAGAAGGAAAACGUCGGCAAGGUUGACAAGAAGCAAGAGAAGGAGAAUGUUGCGCCGAGCUCUCCUCCCGCCACUCCCGUGAAGCCGGCGCCCGCGCCCGCUGCAGCGCCGGCGCCCGCUAACGAGCGUCGCAACGAGCGCAAGGACAAAAAACCUGAAGAAGAUAAUCCUAAGAGUAUUACAGUACAGAAUGUAAACAAAUUUGGCAGUAGCUCUAGAAAGAGCCAAGUUUUCGAAUCCACUAGGCAUAAUGUGGAGAAAGAUGACCUUGAUAUGACUGACAAAAACAAAAAGAUCCACGCCAACCAUCAAUGGGAGGCGGAGGGCAAAAGCACGUCUCCCAAAGGCGCCAAUGCGGGAGGACGGCGCGAAGAAGGCUGGAAGGAGGUGGUGCGCAAGUCAAGCGUACAGACUGUCUCCACCGUUGAACCCGGGUGCAAGAAGGUGUCGGUCGGGUCGCACGCGAUCUCGCGGGUGAUCGGGCGGGCGGGCAGCAACAUCAACGCCAUCCGCUCCGCCACCGGCGCGCACAUCGAGGUCGAUAAGCAGGGCAAGGGCCAGGGAGAGCGCAUCAUCACCAUCAAGGGCUCCGCGGAGGCGACGAAGCAGGCGGCGAGCCUGAUCGCGGCCAUGAUCCGCGACCCCGACGCAGACAUCGCGCUGCUGCUGCCGCGCGCCAAGCUGCCGCCGCCGCCGCCGCAGCCGCAGCAGCCCAAGCCGCCCAAGCAGCCGCCCGCCAAGGUACCACCACGCACAACACACCAACGCUAA